CACAAUAACUGGACGGAUGGAGGAAUUAUGGGUAAAAUGCUGUGUUCAAAUUAAUUCAAUUUUUAACCUAAUGGAUUUCCGAGCUGAACAUGUUUGUGUCAGCGGCCGUAUCAAACCACAGCUUCACGCUCCGAUCUGUUCUCUUCUUCCUACACCGUCUGGAGGCUGACGGUUCAUUUUGAACAAAUGUUUUGACAACUGUGACGAGGAUUAGUGUGAAAUCUACUGCAAAUCUCUGCGUCCUCCCUCUCAGAGUUCACCUCCUUUUCUGUCCAACCUCGGAGGACGUCCAAAACACACUCCACCAAAAAUGACCCUAAACUGGGACCACAAAAUCUCUCAGACUAGAAGAGACACCGUCACGUUCCCAGGACGGAUCAAAACGACGCCGGGUCAGCUGAUAAGACGCUGCAGGACACGUUUCCACCUCCGGGGACGGACAUGUGACUAUUGUCAUCACAGAAACCACGGGCCGGGCGCCAGCUGCUGAGAGGUCCAGACCUGCCAAACAUAGCAACGUCUCUGUCGGGCCCCGCGGAGCAGAGGAGCUGAGACCCAGAGCAGCCGGAGGACCUGUAUGGAUACAGCAGCUCCGCUCACGGUGUGAUCUUCAAAACUUCCAGCUCCGAGUCCACAGACAAAGAAGAUGAAAUCCGCUGAAGAAGAAGCGUACGCCUUCACGCCAAACGUCACUCUCUCCCUGCCGCUGGGCAACCCCUGCCUCCCGUUGCAGUUUCACGGCCUUCAGUCCGGCCCGGCCAUCUCGGUCUCCGUCAGCGAGCCUCACAGCUACGACGCGCAGGAGGACGUCAACGCCGCCGCCUUCUACUCAUCUCCUGGCGCCCGUCCAAACGGGGCUCCCACCCUGGAGAGUCCUCGCAUCGAGAUCACGGCGUACGGUCAGUUUCCUGAGGAUGAGGUGGAGCAGAGCAGCCUUCCUGUUGCCAAGCAAGUCAACUCCAUCGUGACGCUGACCCUGCCCAGUGGGGAGGGCUACCGUGACCCCAGCUGCCUCAGUCCGGCCAGCAGCGUCUCGUCCCGCAGCUGCCACUCUGAAGCCUCCUUCGAAUCGGGAUUCUCUUACAAUUACGACAACUCGCCCCAGAACUCACCCUGGCAGUCUCCCUCGGUCUCCCCCAAAGGUUCCACCCUGGCCCUGCCGGGUGAAGGCUGCGCCCCCGGUGGCUCCCCUCGCCACUCUCCGUCCACCUCCCCCCGGACCAGCAUCACCGACGACACAUGGAUGGGUCAGAGAAACUCCAGGCCCAACUCCCCUUGUGGUGCAAAGAGGAAGUACAGCUUAAACGGCAGCGGGACUCAGCAUAAACAGUACCCGUACUCACCCAACCACUCCCCCGGUCCUUCCCCGCACACCUCCCCUCGUCUCAGCGUCACGGAGGAGACUUGGCUUCCGAACACCAACCAGUACACCAACUCUGCCAUCCUGGCCGCCAUUAACGCCUUGACCACGGACGGCGUGGUCGACCUGGGGGAAGGAAUCCCAAUGAAAGCCAGGAAAACCAGCCUGGAGCACAGUCCCACCGUCAGCCUGAAGGUGGAGCCUGGAAGCAGUGAGCUGGUUUCAGGGCACCUCUGUGACGACGAUCAUCCGUCGAACCGCAUGUCGUUGAAAAAGGAAGGUUACUGCGGCGGGUUCCUGGAUGUUCCGCAGCAUCCGUACUCCUGGUCCAAGCCAAAGCAAUAUGUAAGCCCGUCGGUGCCAGCUCUGGACUGGCAGCUGCCCUCCAGCUCGGGGCCGUACAGCUUGCAGAUCGAAGUUCAGCCCAAGUCCCACCACAGAGCUCACUACGAGACAGAGGGCAGCAGAGGAGCGGUCAAAGCCCUGGCAGGAGGCCACCCAGUGGUUCAGCUCCACGGCUACAUGGAGAACGAACCUCUGACCCUGCAGCUGUUCAUCGGCACGGCCGACGACCGGCUGCUGAGGCCCCACGCCUUCUACCAGGUCCACCGCAUCACCGGGAAGACGGUGUCCACGCCCAGCCACGAGACGCUGCACAACAACACCAAGGUGCUGGAGAUCCCACUGCUGCCGGAGAACAACAUGAGGGCCAUAAUCGACUGCGCCGGGAUUUUGAAGCUGCGCAAUUCUGACAUCGAGCUGAGGAAGGGGGAAACCGACAUCGGCCGCAAGAACACACGCGUGAGGAUGGUCUUCAGGAUCCACAUCAACCAGCCUACAGGAAGGACGGUGUCACUGCAGGUGGCGUCCAAUCCCAUCGAGUGCUCUCAGAGAUCGGCCCAGGAGCUGCCGCUGGUGGACCAGCAGAGCCUGGAGACGUGCCCGGCCCACGGAGGCGAGAAGAUGCUCCUGAACGGACACAACUUCCAGCACGACUCCAAAGUCGUCUUUGUGGAAAAGGCUCAAGAUGGACACCAUCUCUGGGAGACGGAGGCCAAGGUGGACAGAGACGCCUCCAAGACUAACUCACUCCUCAUCGAAGUCCCACAGUACCGUAACCAAAGGAUCUCCACGCCCGUCCACGUCAACUUCUACGUCUGCAACGGCAAAAGGAAACGGAGCCAGUGUCAGCAUUUCACCUACGUCCCUGCCAGCGUUCCGACCAUAAAGACGGAGCCUCACGACGACUUCGACGCCCCGCUCAUGUGCACUCAGCACGGCUCCGGCGUCGCCCUGCACCCGAAGCCGUACUUUCCUCCGCAAGUCAUGACCCCCAUGAUGAGCGCCGACCUGAGGCAGUGCGUGGUGGGCGGAGCCUACCCUGUCACUCAGGACAGACUGACGCCCAAGCCGUCCAGUCUGCCCACCUCCUCGUCUCCCAGCACCAGCCCCAAACUCCACGACCUUUCGCCGCCACACUUCGCCAAGUGCCUCCCCGCCGUCCCCCACUCCCCGCUGCCUCACAUCUCCAUCAUUCAGGAGACGCCGGGUCGCUACGCGCUGCCCAGCCUCUACCCACCCAGCAGCUCCUCCUCCUCCCCCACCUCGCAGCCCUCCACCCCCACCGACGCGCCCUUCUCUCCGACCCACUGCGUGACGCCAGUCCAGCCGGUCAGCGGCAGCACCAGCCCCGAUGCCCAACAGCAGCAGGCAAAGGUUCCGGAAAGGGGGCGGAGCUCCCUGCAGGAGGACGACGGCUCCCUGACGCUGGCCAUCAGCAUCAAGCAGGAACCGCAGGAGCUGGACCAGAUGUACCUCGACGAUGUCAACGAGAUCAUCAGGAACGACCUGUCCAACAUCUCCGUCCACAGCCACGCGUAGUCUCCUGACCGUCACCUUCAAAACUGACACAUUUAGAAAUUAAAAAAAAAAUCUAAAAAAAAAAAAACUGACUGUGCUUCUGCAUGCUCGGACUACAGCGUGUGACAAGCAGCAAGAGGAAAUGCAAAGAAGAGAAAAUGUAAAUGUACGUCCAGACGACCAGGGUCCAACGUGUGCCUUGUUUUGGUCUUUUUUUUUCCUUUUGUCCUUUUUUUUUCAUUUUGUUUUCAUAUAUAAACGCCUUUAUACGCAGAUGAUAUACAGAAGCCAAUCACACGACAGACUUUGUCUUUUCCAGGUGUGUAGAUGAAGUAUGUAGCAACCGAACCUGCCCUAAACAAUGUUUGCUUUUACAGGACCAAAACUUCUUUUUAUACGUCCGUCUGUGGUUUUUGUUUUUUUCCUAACUGAAGUUUGUAAAUGUUCCGGUGCCUCCUCCGUGUUCCUGAUGGGAUUUGUACAUACACAGCAUCUGUACUGCUUCACUUUGCAUAUCUGACAAUGUCACACAGGAAGUGCCUUUGACUGGAAAUGAAGAGAUCUUGUGCUUUUCCAGGUUUAAUCUCCAAAUUUUACAGCGAAAAACAAACAAAAAUUUGUUAGCCAAAAAGAUUUAAAAAAAACAAAAAAACGACAGGGUACGACAGCAGUCACUUAAUCCCAAAUUAAGAAGUGGAUUAUGGUUAUUUGUGUCAGUAAUCGACAUGUUCCCUGCUUCUGGUCGGGUGUUUGCGAAAACAUUUUUCUUGUGCAGACACAGAGGCAUCACCAGGCUGUGAUCAGCAACUCUAAAUAUGCCACGAGAAAAAAAAACUUUUAUUACAGCAACAAAUGCACUACUUUUUUAUUGGGACGGAAGGGAGAGUGAACAGCAUGCGCAGGCACAGAGGCAUUGGUGGUCGAAGAGCCUGUUUUCAUGUGCUUUGUUUUUGUCAGUUCAGGAGGAUGUUAUGUAGCUUGCGUGCUAUCGGCAAAACAGCAAAGAAGGGAUCUAAGAGCUACAGUACAUGUUAGUGCCCUCUAGUGGAUCACAUGAUGCUGACUUCAGACAGGUAAUAGUCGACUCAACCGUGCGUUAAUUGAAUUUAAAAUUGAAAUAUUUGAGCCCCAUUUUACAGUGUAAGAUUUUUUCUUGUUUCUAUGUUAAAAAUGCAUUAGCAUUAGCCUUGAUUAGCUAAAACUUAAUAUGUUUCUCCUUUACAUCUUGAUCUGUACGAAUGUGCAGCCUAAGACAGGAAAUGGACGUAGCCACGUCGUUGCCAGUGUGACGCCUCUGCUGUCGACUGGAAGUCAGUGGGAAAUGAAGGUAAAAACUUUGAUUUAAAAAAAAAAUCAUUUUCUUGUUGAUUUUUGUUGUUUUAAUGACAGAGUUCAACAAAAGAGGAUUUCAAAUGUAAUGACUGUGAAAAAUUGGUUACAGAUGGAAUACUGUAAACACACAGGGCCUACGUCCAGUUCUCCUACUGUAUGGUCUACAUCAGCGGUCUUCAAGGCGACCCCAGGUGGUCGUUAUUGGAACUGCAGGGAGUCAUACAUUUUUUUUUUUUCAGUUUUUCCCCACAAAUUUAAAGUCUUUAAAUUAAUGAAGUUUAAUCUAAAAUCCUACUUUUAUAUAAUAUAUGAAGUCGUCUGCCUGCACCGUCUCUUCAGUAGUGUCUGGGUCUUUGACCAAAAUGGGAAAAAUUGUCUAUGUUUACAACCAAAAAUAAGCACUUAACCACGAUGAACCCGCGGUGUUUCUUGUACUGGUCCGUUGAGAGGCCCAAACUUUUUAUACUUUUUAGUUCCCAGUCCUGCAAACCAACUUUUACACUCUCUCUCCCAGCACAACAGCAACUCUGUGAGGUCACAGAAUAAUUAGACGUAAAAACAGUGACGAAAAAUCAUCUCAGUUUGGACAAAACUUGACUUUUUUUUUCUUUUUCUUCCUCCCUGGAAGCUAUGCAACACGUCGGAAUAGCACUAAAGAAUGUAGACAAUCAGCAAUGUACCUGAGAAUCCAAAGUGAACAGCAAUACACACGUAUAUAAAUAUAUAUAUAAAUACAAAUAUAUAUAAAUUCUCUAAAGUUUGUUGUAUUUUCAUAUUUAUUCUCUCAGCAUGUGUUUAUUCGUGUUUAUCCUCCGCAGCUUCUUUACCGUCAUCGGCUCUGUUUGUAUUUAGUCUUUAGAGGAGUCACAGGGUCAGAGGUCACCGUGGAGCGGCUCUGUGCCGGCCGUCUGUAACGCUUCACUCCGCCGCGUGUCAUUUUUGUCAAUAAAUACGCCUUCGACUCUGU